AUGAGCAAAAUGAAAAUUUUAACUUUAUCAUUUAAUGUAAUUAAUAUAAAAUUUCAAGAUGAUGUCUCUAUUGGUGGACAAAUAACAGCAAAUGUGAGGUUCUUGAAUUAUAAAGAUCAAAGAUUAUUUGAACCAGUUUUUCCUUCUUCGAAUCCAUUGUAUUUGUAUACCGGGGGAUCUUUUACAUUUGGUAUCAAUGGUCAUACAAAAUCUGAAUUGUGCAAGGAAUUCAUCGUAUACAUAAAUCUGUAUCAAACUGAUCCGGAAAAAAUGUUGUCAGAAUCUGUGGUAGAUGUCACCAAUGCUUUACGAGAUGUUUUCUGMAAUGACCCUACACCCGGUGAUUCUCCAAAACAGGUGAAAACUACUGUACGAUUCAACGACCAUAAGGGUGAACUUAUAGCCACUUUGGACAUAACCAUUGUUAUAGCUCCACCUACAACAAACCUCAUAAAUGACUUGCCCAUAGAUGUAGACAUCAAUAAUCAGUUUAUUAAUACAACAAUCGAUUGUCAUACAUGUCCAAAAGUAUCUGAUCUUAAAUGUCCCGAUGAUAAUGAGCACAGUGAUGAUGGUGAGUGGGAUAUGAUGUCUGCAAAACUCAAAAAUGGACAUUCAAUUGCUAUCAAAUAUAAAAGGAAAUAUUAUUCGUUUCAACCAACAGAACCCGAUGAACAUUGUGAAGUAGAAGAAGAUUCAAUUACCAAAAGCGAAGAAAAACUAAAUUCUCAUAUACUUAACUUGCUCUCAGAUAUGCAUAAUYUAAUAUUAGAAAAUCCAAAAUACCAGAAUUAA